GCGUUUCCCGAACCGAUCACCAACAUGUCCUUCCCGUGCUGGCUGAGUCGGCUCUGCCGCGGCCUGUCCAUGCCCACCGCAAGGUCCCUGCCGCAGAUUUGGGGUUCUCGCCCGCGGAAUCUGGUGCUGAGUUCGCAGAGGAGAAUUCCAGACUACAGUAGUUUUGUUGCCCGGACUAACACGUGUGGAGAGUUGCGUUCGACCCAUUUAGGUCAAGAAGUCACUUUGUGUGGAUGGAUUCAGUACCGAAGGCACAAUAUCUUCCUAGUAUUAAGAGACUUUGAAGGACUGGUUCAAGUCAUCAUUCCCCAGGAUGAGGCUGCGGCUUCUGUGAGGAAGAUUCUGUGUGAUGCCCCUGUGGAAUCUGUGGUGCGUGUGUCUGGGACAGUUGUGGCUCGGCCUCUGGGACAGGAGAAUUCGAAAAUGCCAACAGGUGAAAUUGAAAUCCAAGUGAAAACUGCCGAGCUACUCAAUUCCUGCAAGAAGCUACCCUUUGAAAUCAAGAACUUUGUGAAGAAAUCAGAGGCACUUCGCCUGCAGUACCGUUAUCUGGACCUGCGCAGCUCUCAGAUGCAGCAGAACUUGCGCCUGCGGUCCUGGAUGGUGAUGCGAAUGCGGGAGUUUCUCUGCCAUCAGCAUGGGUUUGUGGAUGUAGAAACGCCUACGUUAUUUAAGAGGACCCCUGGGGGUGCAAAGGAGUUUGUCAUACCAUCUCGGGAACCUGGCAAGUUUUACUCUCUCCCUCAAAGUCCUCAGCAGUUUAAGCAGCUUCUGAUGGUUGGUGGGUUAGACAGGUAUUUUCAGGUUGCCCGAUGUUACCGAGAUGAGGGUUCCAGGCCAGACCGACAGCCUGAGUUUACUCAGAUUGACAUCGAGCUGUCUUUCGUGGAUCAGUCCGGGGUUCGGAGCCUGACAGAGGGUUUGCUCCAGUACAGCUGGCCUCAGGACAAAGAACCUCUGGUGCUACCCUUUCCGGCCCUGACUUUCGCCGAGGCCCUCGCCAGUUAUGGGACAGAUAAACCUGACACCCGCUUUGGCAUGAAGAUUGUAGAUGUCAGUGAUGUGUUCAGAACCACAGAGAUUGACUUUCUUCAAGAUACUCUUCGUAGACCCCAUGGGACUGUCAAAGCCAUUUGUAUCCCCGAAGGAACAAAAUACUUCAAAAGGAAAGACAUUGAAUCCAUUAGGAAAUUUGCAACAGACCAUUUUAAUCAGGAGGUCUUACCUGUUUUUCUGAAAACCAACAGAGACUGGAAUUCACCUGUUGCUAAGCACAUCAUGGAGGAACAGAGACAAGGGCUCCAGAGACUAAUGGAGAUUCAGGAUGAUGAUGUGGUUCUGCUAACUGCUGGGGAGCACCAAAAAGCAUGCUCCUUGCUGGGCAGAGUGCGGCUGGAGUGUGCCGACCUGCUUGAAGCCCGAGGUGUGGUACUGCGGGACCCAGCCGUGUUCUCCUUCUUAUGGGUGGUGGAUUUCCCGCUCUUCCUGCCCAGGGAGGAGAACCCUGUGGAGCUAAAUGCAGCACACCACCCCUUCACUGCCCCACACCCUGCCGACCUCCACCUCCUGCCCACUGAGCCUGCAAAGGUCCGGGGCCAACACUAUGACUUGGUUCUUAACGGCUGUGAGAUAGGAGGGGGCUCGAUCCGGAUUCACCAAGCUGCGCUCCAGUGCUAUGUCCUGGAAACUGUGCUCAAGGAAGAUGUGAACCUUCUCUCCCACCUGCUACAGGCCUUAGACUCAGGGGCGCCCCCUCAUGGAGGAAUUGCCUUAGGUUUAGACCGGCUAAUGUGCCUUGUCACUGGAGCGCCAAGCAUCAGAGAUGUCAUAGCCUUCCCCAAGUCCUUCCGGGGCCAUGACCUCAUGAGCGGGGCCCCUGACUCCAUCCCCACUGAGGAACUGAAAUCCUAUCACAUCCAGAUCUCAUGGCCCCCCGACUAAGAAGCCAGAAAGAGUUCAUCGUGCCACUCACAACCCCCAAAGAGUUGAACUUCAGCACCCUGCCCA